AUGCCUCCAGCCUGGCCGAUCGGGGAUUCCCCCGACAUUGCAGAAGCAACCGUUGGUGGACUCUAUGCUCGGGAUGCUGGCAGUGAGAAUUUUGCUGAUGCAUCAACUUCCCUCCACCCUAAUACUCCCAACCUCUUCCUUCGUGCCGACUCCUCAACAGAUGAUUCCAGCGAGCCAAAAUAUGGCAAAGGCACUGUUGACCCGCACAGCAUCAAGAUGCAAGGCCUGAUGGCCUUGUUCGCCCUCAUUGGGCUGGCGUUUGUCAUAGGCGGCAUCUGGUUCUUCUUCUGGGCUAAAAACGGCGGGUUCGUCUGGCGCAAAGGCGACUGGGACGACUACAAGUCCACUGUUCUGCGACGAAAAGGACCGGACGGAAAGACUCUCAGUAAUGCUACAGCGAGUACCAAGCUCGGCGGUGGAAGUAUUGUCGGCAAGGGCUACACGGACGACGGAUACUCAUUUACAGAAGGAUCAUAUAUCGACACCGCAACGAUCGCUACAGAGAAGUCACGGCACAAGAGGUUCAGAGAAACCGCCAAAGAGAAGCUCCUCCGACGUAACAAGCACGAGCAGUGGGAGGGCGCAGACGAUGCCGACGUACGUGCCUACCGACAAGAGAAGCCCGCUCAAAUCGGCGGCAUGAACCGUGAAGCCGACGGAACCUACAACGGCAGCGACUACGACACAUCCGCCCCGCCCACCGCCUACCAACAGAGCGAGAUGAGCCAUUCUCAUGAUUUUGCAUACGAUCAGCCACGCCGGCAGCGCCGCGAUCCCUCGGGCUUCUCGUUCACCCAAGGCAGCGAGGAUGUCAUCAGUCAAAUACCCGAAGAGCGUCGUAUCCGUGGCCCAUCUACUCGCCGCCAUAGCCGCCGUCAGGACCGUCGCAGUGAUACCUCCCCAUCUGCUCCACCCUCCGCACCUUCAUCUCGUACUAGCAGCCCGCGCAAGCAACGUGAGCGCCGUUCUGUGCCCCUAGGCCACUUCACCGAACCCCUGGAUUUCUCAACUACGGGCUCGCGUGCUGAGUACCAAUAUUCCAACGUUGACACGGAGGAUUCUGGUACGAAGAGCUACAAGCAUCCGAUUCCGGGUUUGUCGAAGGGAUACCGCCGUGAUGGACGAAGGAGUCGUCGUCGUGAUAGUCUGAGUGAUAGUGAGGGCGAGACACAGUACUCUUGA